GUAUUCAAUCUAGACUGAAUGCGGACCUUUCUUACCUUCUCGCUAUUGGACAAUACGCUUCCUCGGUCGAUGAUUGGAUGUCUGGACUGCGGAUGUUUUGGAGUUGAUGUCAGUUGGAAUCAGGAAAAGCGAGUACCUGCAAAUCAUUUUUAGAAAAUAUGAGGAGAGUUACGAUAUUUGUCAACGGAAGUUCUUCUAAUGGAAAGGUCGUGGCGGUUUAUGGCUCGCUUGAUGACCUAUUGUCCGUCGCAAGCGCCAAACUGGGAAUACGAGCUACAAACGUUUAUAACGGGAACGGCGGUCUUAUGGACGACAUAGCGCUGAUAAGAGAUGACGAUGUGCUCUACGUAUCCGAAGGACACUCCUUCGACGAUCAACAAGAGGAUCCUGUUGGUUCAGGGAGAUGUCUGACACACACUGACUGGCUAACUCUAAAUGUUGGGGGACGAUGCUUCACCACCACACGAAGUACACUGGUCAGUAAGCAGCCAGAGAGUAUGCUGGCCCACAUGUUCCGAGAUAAAGACGUGUGGGGCAAUAGGCAGGAUUCUCAGGGGGCAUAUUUGAUCGAUCGCAGCCCUGAAUACUUUGAGCCAAUCCUAAACUACCUGAGACAUGGGCAACUCAUCAUUAACGAAGGCAUCAACCCUCUAGGUGUACUGGAGGAAGCUCGCUUCUUUGGAAUUGAGCAGCUGGCUGAACAACUGGAGACUCUGAUAAAGGCUUCUCAGCCCCCUGGGGACCAUUCCCCUCUGACCAGGAAGGAGUUUGUACGUUUCCUAUUGGCCACGAGUACAAAGUCAGAGCUUCGCUGUCAGGGUCUGAACUUCAGCGGGGCCGACCUGUCUCGACUCGACCUGCGCUGCAUAAACUUCAAAAUGGCCAACCUGAGCUCAGCCAACCUCACCCAUGCCAACCUCAGCGGUGCCAACCUGGAGAGGGCUGACCUGUCCUCGGCGUGCCUUGACGGAGCGAACCUGCUGGGUGUUAUGAUGCUGUGCUCUAAUGCCGAGGGGGCCUCGCUCCGAGGCUGUAACUUCGAGGACCCCGCAGGAGUCAAGGCCAACCUGGAGGGUGCCAACCUAAAGGGGGUGGAUAUGGAAGGUAGUCAGAUGACCGGCAUCAACCUGCGUGUGGCCACACUGAAGAAUGCCAAACUGAAGAACUGCAACCUGAGAGGGGCUACGCUGGCCGGGACAGACCUGGAGAACUGUGACCUGUCCGGCUGUGACCUUCAGGAGGCCAAUCUACGGGGCUCCAACGUCAAGGGGGCCAUCUUUGAGGAGAUGUUGACCGCCCUGCACAUGUCCCAGAGCGUACGAUGACCACCUCUGCUGAAGCACGCACACACACACUGUUGGAGGGAAUGUGAAACCUGAGCUGGCUUGUCGGAAGAAUCACAGCGUAAGCCUCUGCAUGUGAUCUAGCAUAUGAUCUGCUGAAGAACAGCCUAGUUACUUGGGGACCCGGUCUACUGAUAUUUGGCUGCUGAGCAAAGACAAUAUGUUCUUACUCUGUGCUUGUGUGACUGAUAUUGUCCAUUGUGCUGUUACUGUUGAAUACCUGUUUGUUGAUGAUGUGCAAUAAAUGUAUUUUUUUGGUA